CGUCCUUCCUUGGGUGUGGUUCGAGAUCGUCGGGACCGUCUCUCGCGUCGCGUGCGGUGCGCGAGUGCCCGUCUCCGCGUGCCGUCACCUCAGCUCGCCCUGACGUCGGUGUGGCGUCGAUUCGACGCUUGUUUCUCCGCGUCCAUGACUAGCACGUUCGUCAAGUAGGAACGAACGAUCGGAGCGCGAAGAGUGCGAGUGGGUCAGUCAUUGGAGCAAGAGAGCGAGAGAGUUGAAUGUGCAGAAGGGUGUACGGAUGUUAAAGAGAGAAAGAGAAGAACAGAAGAGAGGAGGAGAAGGAUAGUGAGAGAGAGUGACGAGUGGGGCAAGUUGCUGUGCGACGACGUUCAUCGAUUCGUCUCGCGCUUCCACAGGCCGUGCGGACGCGGUAGAAAAAGCGAGGACCCGCGCCGACGAGCGAGGCGUGCGUGCGUGCGUGCUCCUUCGCUUCGUGCGUAAUUCUGACGCACCCUGUAAAACCUGUGAUCCGGGCAACCGUGAAUAUCAGCGAUAUCCGUGUAAGGUACCGUUCGGAAUCGCGAAGUGGAAGUGGAAUCGCAGGCAGAACCGGAGUUGCCGAAGAGCUCCGGACUUUAGUGAUCGGCUUACAGCGGCGCCGAGCCGAACGUUCUUCGAUCGUUUUUCAAGCGUUUUUCCGCCGUUAAGAAGAGCAGUUUUCCUUGCGCAAUUGGCGUGCAUCGACGGGCACAACCUGGCGGUGACGAGCGACGGGCUUGCACGUCCGCUUCGACCCGGUGGUGAUGGUGAUGGUGAUGGUGACGGUGACGGUGGUGAAUCUAGCACGAGCAGGAGAGGUUUUGCUGCCGCAGGCUCGAUGACGCUCCUCUGACAGCAGUGGCGGUGACGGUGGAACGAAGCGAGGGUGGCAACGGUCUCGUUAGGAAGUGUCGAAGCUGGCGCGUGGGGCGGCGAGGUCAGCUGUGGUCUGGCUCUGGUUCCGGUGGUAGCGGCGGAAGCGGAAGCCGCGGCAGCAGUACAGGCAGAAGGCGAGGAAGUGGGGCCGGGAGAGGCUGGUGGUAGCCGCGACUUUGUUUGGUGGAGGCGCGAUCUUCAUUAUCAUCCCCAUCUUCAUCUACCUCUUUCCCGUUCACUCAUCAACUUCUCCUUGCCUUACGGGGGCGGCAAGCUCGAGAGCGUCCGCCACCGGCCACCGGAGGAGUUGUCGACGGCGUGACACCGGUGAUUGGCCUUUCUCCUGCACGAGAGUAGGCGUCGCGGACACCCGCCAUCCGUUAUCAUUGUAGAAAUUACGUUCUGAACCUUCUCUGGCAAGAAGAGGGAGCUCGCUUCGCGCGUGCAACGUUCUAGUACUCCGGUCCCACUAACAAGCGCUCGUGAGCCUCGCUCAUCAUCAGCCAGACACCAUGAACGAGCUCGACAGCCUUCGUCAGGAGGCGGAGACGCUGAAGAAUUCCAUUCGAGAUGCCAGGAAAGCAGCAUGCGACACGACCUUGGCCCAGGCCACAUCGGGCAUGGAACCUAUCGGUCGCAUACAAAUGCGCACGAGACGUACGCUUCGCGGUCACUUAGCUAAGAUUUACGCGAUGCACUGGGGAAGCGAUUCCAGGAACCUAGUGUCUGCGUCGCAAGAUGGUAAACUGAUCGUUUGGGACAGUUACACCACCAAUAAGGUUCAUGCGAUCCCAUUACGGUCCUCGUGGGUAAUGACUUGUGCGUACGCGCCCUCGGGUAGUUACGUAGCGUGCGGCGGGCUGGACAAUAUCUGUUCCAUCUAUAGCCUUAAAACUAGGGAAGGGAACGUGCGCGUAAGCAGAGAGCUUCCAGGUCACACCGGCUACUUGUCCUGCUGUCGAUUCUAUGACGACAACCAAAUCGUCACCAGCUCCGGCGACAUGUCUUGUGCUCUGUGGGACAUCGAAACCGGCCAGCAGUGCACCUCGUUCAUCGGGCACACUGGCGAUGUAAUGUCCCUGUCGUUGGCGCCAGAUACGCGCACCUUCGUGUCCGGUGCGUGCGACGCCAGCGCAAAGUUAUGGGACAUUCGUGAGGGUUCCUGCAAACAGACCUUCCCGGGCCACGAGAGUGAUAUAAACGCUGUUACGUUCUUCCCGAAUGGAUACGCUUUCGCGACAGGCUCGGACGACGCGACCUGCAGACUUUUCGACAUUAGGGCGGACCAGGAACUCGCGAUGUACAGUCACGACAAUAUCAUUUGCGGUAUUACCAGCGUAGCUUUCAGCAAGAGCGGUAGAUUAUUGCUGGCAGGCUACGACGAUUUCAAUUGUAACGUCUGGGAUUCCAUGAAGACGGAGCGAGCUGGAAUCCUCGCUGGACACGACAAUCGCGUGUCUUGCCUCGGCGUUACGGAAGACGGUAUGGCGGUAGCGACAGGCUCCUGGGAUUCGUUCCUACGCAUUUGGAAUUAACUUGGGGCUCUUUCCAAGACGUUCCUUCAAAGAACCAAUUACAGGCAACCAGCUUACAGCAUAAGAAUCAAGUACCACCAUCUGACCACCGAGCAAGUCGGCGUGCCAGCGGCCACGACGCUGGCGAACAAACCGCCAGGUUCACCGGAGUUGACGCUGAUCAGAAACUUUGGAUACCCGAUUAGCAGUAGUAGCAACAGCAGCGGCAGCAGUAGCAGCAACAACAACAAUUAUGACCGGAGGAAGACCCAGGACAGCGGCGACAGCAACGGCGGCGAUUUCAAGAACGUUUUGGGUUGUGGUGGUAAAAAGGACUCCCGCGGCAAGCACGUCAUAGUCGAUUUGACGUGGCGACGCGGUAAAGUCGGCGACAAGGACCACGAAUAUCAACGCUUCUAGGAAAAAUCGGCUCGAGUUAGAUCAUACGUCAAGAUACGUCGCGGUAAAGGAGCACCUAGCGGGAUGCAAGAACGGAGAACCGACGAGAGCCGACAACUCUCUGCGGCAUUGGGCGCGCACUUUCUUUUUCUCCUCCCCUUUCUCAAGGACUUUCUUCUAUCGCGGACCUUUGAGAGGCACGUGCUGUUCUACGGCUCGAUAGUUCUUUUUCCUACGGGGAGGGGGCAUUCCCAGUCGAGGAUGCCGUUUGAAGUUUGAAGGACGAAUGACAAUCUCGCGCCGACGAUGGUCGAGAGAUUUCCAGCAUGAAGUCAAGCGUUCAAACGUUUACUGCCGAGGAGGCGCCGUUUAACGGUUGCUCCGGCGGUUGGUUACGAGUACUUUUCCCACGCACGCAUGACGCGAGAUUGGUAUCGCACAGGGACGCGCGACGCAAUCGUAACGCGUCGCGUCGCGUUGUAAUCCGGAAAUGGAGAAAUGGAGCAGCCGCGAGGUCACGACGCGACAUGAUAUCCCCCGCGAUGAUACGUUCGAGUCACAUGACGCACACUGAACGCACACGAUAGAGAUUCACGACGAGAAUCGCGCACACCUGCACACGAAGACGAGCAGGCGAAUAAGAUGGAGAAGAGGUGCGAAUACCAGCAAGCCUUGAGAGGCAUUCGAGUCGUGCACGCUCGUCACGCGAGCUUUGUCCUCGUACACGAGCACCGAGCGGAAAAACAUAGAGAAAAAGAUGAGAUGAUCACUUUUCUUACCACGAUAAUAAUACGCCGACUUCGCACCACUCUACUACUACUACUAUUACUACUACCAUCACGAUCCCCUCGAUUAAUUUCGUAGAUGUAUGGUUAUUUAUUUUGUAUAGACCUCUGCCAUAUAGGCCGCUCUGCGCCUACGUUUUUUGCGAGUGCAAGAGCAAUUGAGCAUGUGAGAAAGAAAGAGAGAAAGAGCGAGCGAACGAGGACUGCGAGAGCGUGAGAACGAGAGCGAGAGGCGCGCGGCCCAUUGCCAAUCAAAAAAAGAAAAAAAAAAACAAAAACGAGACACGACAUGCAUUAUCGUAAACGGAUGUUAAAGUUACACUGAGUCGCUCCUUCGUUAAAUAAUUUCUAAAUGCGAUGAUUCAUCGGGAUGUCUACAAGUCGCGCUCGCGCGGAAACUACAGGAAGACGAGGAGGAGCGACAGGCCCGGGGGAAGAACAGCAGGGACCGAGAGACGGGUUUUGUCUGCUUCUACGUUGCGAUAGAGCUACGAGCGCGUGAUGUGACGGACCAGUGUAAAGUGUCAAGUACAUUUAAUGUAAUGUGUAAUCGUUUAGUUCGUAGUGUCUAUAUCCUAACCUGUGCUCUAAACCUAACCAGACCCUAAACCUGGACCUAAUCUAACCUCCUCCCCAUCCCUUUUUCCAGUUUCCACUGAUUAUAUGGCAACGGCGAGAAGGAGAAGAAUCAAUCUCCGACUGUCGUCUCAGCGGAGUUCUGCAUCUCCUUCCACUGUCGAUUCAGCGCCAGCCAAUUCUCGUGCACGAGGCAGCAGGCUCUCGACCGAAAGAGUCGUGCUAAAAGUUCCUUUGAAAUAGGACCCAAAGAAUCAAGGGUUGAAGAAAAGGGCCGCGAGACUAAAACCCUCUUUCUCUCCCCCUCGUCAUUUUCUCAUUUGUUUCUCUUUUUUUUCUUUUUUAAGUAUCUUCUUUAUUCCUAUUGUGUUUUGUUUGUUACAGCCUCUUUCGUAAACUUGUAUUUGUACUUUUCUUGAUAGUACUUUUAAGCUCGCCCUAUGUCUCUCCUUUUUCCGCUUUCACCGCUUUCUCCUUUCCCCCCUUUUCCCACUAUCCCUCCUUCUCCUGCCUGUUCUAUCCUUUUUUUUGUCGGAAAUAGAUGUUGAAACUGUGUAUGCAUUUAAAUAAUAAUAUUAAUGAUAAUAAUUAUAAUAUUAAUAUUAACGAUGAUUGUAAUUUAUAAUUAUUAAUAUUUAAUAUAUAAGUACCUAAGAUCGAUGGUUCUUCAAUAUCGCAGGAUUAUGGUCCAAUCGCCUUCCGGCAACCACGCUCAUAGCCACUACAUCUUUUUUCUUUUUUUGAUUUUUAGAAUUUUGUACAUUCGAGCGAGAUGUAGUUAAUCGCGUGUUGCUUUUCAGAGGGAAACGGAACAUGUGAAUUCGAUAGGAAUCCCGUAAAUCUUCAUUUUAAUCGUAUGAACGAAAACGCAUAAUUUGUACAUACGAAAAAAAUCGUUGUGGCGUAUCAUGCUAGAAAUUAUGAAGAACAUGUCGAUUGCCAAGCUAGCUAAAGUCGGAGGGAGAAUGUUGGAAGAAAAAGGCGUGGAUUCCGGAAAGCGACUAUUGAAAAAUUUCUUUUUCCCAGCGGAACAAAGCAUGUAAUCUGGCUACGGAGCAAGCGAGCACUGGUGAGAUCUCCGAGAACCCUCGAGAGACAUUGCAAAUCUCAAACAUUUAACAUUUCGCAAAAUCGGUUUUGUGAAUCUUUUUACAUAAACGAACACACACACACACACACACACGUACACACACACACACAUAUAUAAAUAACUCUUCAACUAAUCUUGCUUAUACGUAAUGCUUUGUACUCGUUAGCUAUGAAACGGGCAAAGAUCUUUCUCCGUCUCGAAAGAGGAGAUCCUUGUUCCUUCGAUUCUUUGUAUUAUAAGGAUUCUUCCAAAGUUCGAUUCAGAAUCAUCAGAUGCGACGUUAAAAAGCGAGAAACAACACAGCGCGAUCAGAGCGACCGUUUUACUUCGUAACAGUGCCGAAUGCGAAGAGGAAUGAUCUUAGAACAGAGAAUCACGAAGGAAAGGGAGAUUUUAUUAAACAAAUUAAUGGAAACAGAUCUGUGCUUUUUGCAUUUCGCAAUUCCGUGGCUUCUCCGAGGGGGCUCUCUCUCUCUCCUUUUUGUACCUCGAAGCCUGGAGUGAUACGGUUUCUUAUCCUUGAUACGAACACGAAAAGGUAGUCACUAUCGACUAGUAAUGCAAAAUUGAAAAGUUAUUAAGCCUCUAGUCAUAUUAACGGCAUGCGCGCAAGAAAAAGAAAAGUAACAAGAAGACAAAACGCAAGUAAGACUUUGUAAACUUAUUUUUAAUAUCUCCUUGUUCGCGUGAACAAGAUUGCGGAAGCUAAAUUUAACUCCUUUCGUUUGUUUUUCUUUCUCAAAAAGAAUGGCACGUAUACACACGCGGUAGAUUGAUUGCGACGCAAGAGAAGAAACAUUAACGAGGUGAGAAGAGACAAUUCUAAUGAAAUCAGCCUUUUUCUUUCUUUUGAGCCUUUAAGAGUAUAAAGUGAAUAAAAGUACUUGGAAAAAGAAUCAAACGUGGCGUUUCCGUUAUUUUUUUACCGCUUCUUCGCUUUCUGUUCCCUCUCUCCGUGAAUGAUGUAUUUUUCUUAUGAUUUUGCUGCCCCAAUAUGUUCUUUGCUUUACAACUCCUCGCACGUCCGUAUAUCUUUUUUGUUCGCCGAAUACUCGUUAAACUACUGCGGCAAAUAUCGCCUUACCAAGGCGUAUGAUCAUACGGGAUCAUGGUGUUGGGUCCUAUUUCAAUUAUGGAAUAAAGUGCACAUUCAGCGUGCACGCACGUAGUUAACAAGAAAAAAGAAAAACAAGGGGGAAAGGAGGAAAGAAAGGGAAGAAGCGUGAAGAAAAUGUGCCGAGGACACUAUCGUGACUUGUUUUACGAUGGAUGACGACAAGCCGUCAGGAAUACUGCCUCUUUCAAGUUAUGCACAAAAAAAGAAUAAAAAUUACGAUAUAUAGUACGUGUAUUAUAAUACAUAAAAACACUCUAAAACAUAACGUGCGAAGCACUGUUAAAGUUUAAAAAAAAAAA